AUGCGAUGCAGCCGCAGCAGAUGUAUCAUCAUCCUCUUCCUAAUUUUCGCUAUUUUCGCUCUGAUUUUCUGGAAAUUCUAUCAGGAAAUCACGUUGCAAGAACUCAUUCUGGUACAUUAUAUCUCCGAUGUCGAUGGAAACCAGGAAUUACCGAGCGGAAGCAAUUGUACAAUACGUUCGAUCGUUGAGGAAAGUAUGUAUGCUGUGAAUGCAGCCGAAGAUGCAUGUUUUAUUAUACCGGGAUUCGAUACACUUAACAUGGAUCGCUUCCACGCUGGCCAACGAUCGCCUCUGAAAAACUUUAAUGCGGUUGCUGCUACUACUUCUUUCAAAAACAACGUGCUCCUAUUUGUAUUUGCCGGCGCAAAUAUUCUAGAUGAGGAAUUUUUGUUUUUUAUUGUUGUACCAAUCAAAUCGGCUAUCUCGCAUAAUGUCAAAAUGCUUUUGAAAAGUGUCUUUAACUGUGCGGAUUGCUUGGUGAUUGAUGAUUGCGUUGAUAACAAUGUUGAUAAUUGCAAUAGCCAUAUCACUGAUCACGAUUUAGAUGCAAUUAUCCAGCGAAGUGAAUUCACUUUAAUUGAUGAUCGAGUUGCUGGCUAUGAGUUCUUCUCGAUGACAUUUUAUCGCAGUCGUUUAUCAUCCGUGCAAUCAAUCCUGAGAUUGUUAUCGUUUCAACGAAAGCAACAAAUGCGCGAACAGAUUUCAUUUGUAUAUGAGCGAUAUUUUUCGUCGCUUCAAAAAAUCGUCCUUACAACUUUGAAAAUCCUGGAACGGCGUAUCAUAUCUAACUCAUUCGUAACUUACGAUGCCUGGAAUCGUGAUCCACGAAAGCAACGCGACUUAGCACCGUUGUUUCUUCCAUAUCAUGCUCACUCGGAUGGAUUUACGGCUGUAAUUUUGACAUAUAACAAGCCGGAUUCAUUGUUUUCCGUGAUACGAUUGCUAUCUCGAGUACGCAGUUUACGAAGUAUUGUGAUUGUUUGGAAUCAUUGGAGCCAACCACCUCCAGGCUGUUCACCUUGGAGACCUGCUGCGGAUAUCGGUAUGAACUGGCUCGAAAUUCAAAUAGCCUCCCUCGGAUUAUCAUGGGUUGAACAAAGCAUACGAGACACCACAGGAACCUUGGCGCUUUACGGAAACAACGUCUCUAUCUCCGGCUGA